UGUCACUAGCAGCGGCGCCGCUUCUGCCCUUCAAUGCUGGAGUUAUUCCUCACAUGCUAAGUGUCAGCGUGUCGGAGGAGCCUGUAGACAUUUCAAUGCAGCUUUAGGAUUCAUUUUGUCCGCUCGGUGUUCUUAAACGCAGUCGCUGUUGUUGCGGUAAUGGAGUGUCGUGUGUUGUCCAUUCAGAGUCAUGUUGUCAGGGGAUACGUCGGGAACAAGUCGGCAACAUUCCCGCUGCAGGUGCUGGGCUUUGAAGUGGACUCUAUUAACUCUGUGCAGUUCUCAAAUCACACAGGCUACGCCCACUGGAAAGGGCAAGUACUGACAGCCGAGGAGCUGAAUGUGCUUUAUGAGGGCAUUAAGCUCAAUAAGGUGACCCACUAUGACUACAUCCUCACAGGGUACAGCAGAGACACGUCCUUCCUGGAGAUGGUGGUUGACAUUAUUCAGGAGCUGAAGAAGUCCAAUCCCAGCCUGGUAUAUGUGUGCGAUCCUGUUAUGGGAGACCAUGGUGCUAUGUACGUUCCAGAGUACCUGCUGCCAGUCUACAGGGACAAAGUAGUGCCUUUGGCCGACAUCCUCACCCCCAACCAGUUUGAGGCAGAGCUAUUAACUGGGAGGAAAAUCAUUACAGAGGAAGAUGCUGUUGAGGUGAUGGACUUGCUUCAUAAAAUGGGUCCAGAGACCGUGGUCCUCACUAGUACAGACCUGCCCUCGAAACGUGGGGACCAGUUCCUGGUUGCUCUUGGCAGUCAAAAAAUAGUGAAACCAGAUGGGACCAACACCAGUCAGAAAAUCUCCAUGGACAUCCCCAAAGUAGAUGCUGUAUUUGUUGGGACAGGAGACCUGUUUGCUGCCAUGUUGCUAGCCUGGUCUCACCAUCACCCCAAAGACCUGAAGGCUGCCUGUGAAAAGACUGUUUCAGUCAUGCACCAUGUCAUUAAGAGGACCAUUACAUACGCCAACGAAAUUGCUGGGCCUGGGAAAAGGCCCAGUCCUGCACAGCUGGAGCUGAGGAUGGUUCAGAGCAAAGCCGACAUUGAGAAUCCUGCCAUAGUAGUGGAAGCUAAUGUUUUACAGAAGUCUUCACACUGACGACUGUAACAUUCUCGUGAACAUUCACAUCGAGCCGGUAUGAAUCAGCUUCAGAUCUGGGUGGUCCGCCAGACACAUGUAGGAUUUUCACAUCAAAGACUGUCACGUGUCUCUGCCUUACAGAACCUCUGAGGGAGCACAACUAUGUUUCACGAGCGGGGUCAGCAGGAUUUGUUGGAUGUACAUUCUGCUCACAAACCAACUGGAAUCACUGCCAUAUGCGUCUGUACUAUGGCCUGUGUAGACAUCAUCUGCCAUUUGAAAGAAAAAAGGACAUUUGCCAACUAUGUUUUAGGUUUAACAAUAGUGUAAGUGUACUUGAAUCCUCCUUUACUUGGUGGAAAUAAUUUCUUGCUAUAAAACAACUCAUCUCAAUUAGGCUGAACAGAUUCAUGCACGACCAUGCCUCCACUAGUUUUGGUUAAGAUUGUAAAGACUCGUCACAUGUCCUUAAAGUGUGUUGCUCACAAGGCAUUAUAAGCACAUCAAUAUACUGUUUAUAAUAUAAUGAAAACAUAAUGAUUUAGACAUUAAAAUAAAAUAGAUGAUUUUUAAAUGUAUGAAAGCAUGCACUGUGCUUAUAAUGAACUUGGGUGUUUCAUCAUGCACUUUACCUUUAAGUGUUUUCACCUUAUACAUGCAGAAUGGAUGCAUUAUAAGUGCUGAAAUGUGUAUUUUGACUCCCACAAAUGUGUAACAUCUUAUGCAAUUAUUAUGUAGUCUAAACAGUUUCAAUCCCCCGGUUUGUUUCAUUUUAUUUGUAACUUAAUGAUAAUCAUGAGGCUAGUUGAUGUCUAAAAUUAUUUUAAUGAAUUUUCUGAAUAAUGUUUUUCACCUCCUUUUUUAACAAUACAUUAAUGUCUUGAAUUAGCAGAUGUAGAACAUGUUAGAUCCAUGUCUUAAGCAUCUCAAAUUGAGGUAUUUGCACAGAUAAUCUUUAAUAUAUUUACUAAUCAUUGUUUGCAUUUUUGACUGUUGUCAUAUCUCAACAAAAGAGUCGGUAUGAGAGACCAUGCUGUAUAGUAGCCUUAAUGGGGUUAAGAAUAAAAACAUUGGUUGUGAAUGUUUUCGUGUACCAAUGUAAUAGCUGAUCCUCACACAUAAUGUUAGAAAGUCAAGUGCCAAGCUGUGAGCUGCUGCUCUGACAGAGAGCAAUAUAAGAACAUAAAUAAUAAAUGAUUCAUAUUUUAUUGAAA